UAAACAUGCUGUCUCUCAAAGCACUUGUCUUGUGCGCUCUGCUACAAAUAUCAUGGGGCAUCGAUCAAAGUUUUCCUGCACAUUUCAUAUUCGGUGCCGCGACGUCUGCCUACCAAGUGGAGGGUGGCUGGAAUGCUGAUGGGAAAGGCGAAACCGUAUGGGACAAGUACCUCCAUGAACAUCCCGGUAAGGCAGCUAAUAAUGCAACUGGUGACGUUUCCGCAGACUCCUACCACAAGUGGCGGGAGGACGUCAUGGCUGCGGCCCGCAUGAAACUUCAAUUUUACAGGUUCUCAAUAAAUUGGGCCCGGGUAUUACCCACGGGGCUUGACAACAAAAUUAACAAAGCCGGUGCGAAGUAUUACAGUGAUCUGAUCGACGCACUCCUAGCUGAGGGCAUUGAACCGAUGGUGACUUUAUACCAUUGGGAAUUGCCUGUGACAAUCCAGAACCUAGGAGGCUGGACGAACCCUCAUAUCGUCGACUGGUUUGGGGACUACGCCAGGGUUAUCUUCACCCUUUACGCCGACCGCGUCAAGACCUGGCUGACCAUCAACGAACCUAACGUGUUCUGCGACAUUUUCUAUAUUUCUGGAGACUCCGCUCCGGGAGUCAAAGAACCAGAGCUCGCACCGUAUCUGUGUAAUAAACACGUGAUGCUGGCGCACGCAAAAGCCUACAGGAUAUUCGAUCAGGAAUUUAGACCAAGGUAUUCAGGUAAAAUUUCACUUGCAAGCAACGUGUUGGGAAUAGAACCUGCGUCCCCUAAAGACGCGGAGCUGGCAGAACUUGGGAGAGAGCAUCAGGCAGGCAGAUAUUCCCAUCCAAUUUUUUCCAAGAAGGGUGGCUGGCCGCCCUCUAUUGAGAAGUUGAUGCUACAAGUUAGCCUUAAACAAGGCUACAAGGAAUCCAGGCUUCCUGCGUUCACUGAACAGGAGAUUGAAUUCAUGAAAGGUACCGCUGAUUUCUACGGGUUAAAUUACUAUACGACCUACAUGAUCAGACCAGCCAAGCCCGAGGACAAACCUGGAGUCUGGUUCCUCACGGGGUCCCCGGAGUUAAACGCAACCUUGGAAAACCCGUUAAAUGCGUACUACGGUUCUUCUCAUAUGCUUCCGGUGUUCCCAGGGGGUUUACGUAAAGUGAUGAAUUGGUUGAAAAAGCAAUAUGGCGACAUCGAUAUCCUCAUCACGGAGAACGGGUUUACCACGAGCGGGGCCCAAUUGGAUGAUUACGACAGAGUGGACUUCCUUGAGGAAAGUUUGAAUGAAGUGCUGGUUUCCAUCAAAGAGGACAAUAUAAGUGUUACAGGGUACACUGUGUGGUCUCUUAUUGAUGACCUCGAAUGGCUAGCGGGAUACACGGUAAAAUUUGGUUUGUAUGAGAUAGACUUCAACCAUCCAAAUCGCACAAGAACUGCACGCUUAUCGUCACACUAUUAUGCGUGUGUAAUCAAACAUCGAUCAUUACACGUCCCGAACACUUGCUUCGACAAAAAUGUGCAAAGAUUACAACAAAAGAACGACGGCAACGGCGGCCAGAUUCCAGCAAAUGGUGGACUGUUUUUAAUAGUCAUAACUGUGGCAUUCGGUAUUUUAUUAUGUAAACAAAUUAUAACACCAUAA